AUGGAAAUGAAACGUAUUCGGUGUGAUGAUCGGGCGCGCUCAGGUGUUGAGCGCGGGGAACCAGGCGCCGAGCCCCGAGCGCGGCGGCGCGGCGGCGCGCAGCAGCGCCUCCCCGUGCGCGCUCAGGUGUUGAGCGCGGGGAACCAGGCGCCGAGCCCCGAGCGCGGCGGCGCGGCGGCGCGCAGCAGCGCCUCCCCGUGCGCGCUCAGGUGUUGA